UUUGCUUUCCUUGCAUUGAAAACGCUAUCUCUCUCAUAGUUUUAAUUCAUGGGGCGUUCCAUCCGUUUAUUUUCAGCUGCCUUCCUUCUUCUGUUGUUUCUUUUGACAACAGAGAUGGGAGCUAUAUCGGUGGAGGGUAGAACAUGUGAGUCUCAGAGCCAUCGCUUCAAGGGUGCAUGCGUGAGCGAGAAUAACUGCGCUGCCGUCUGCCAAACGGAGGGUUUCCUCGGGGGAAAUUGUCGGGGCUUUCGUCGGCGAUGCUUUUGCACUAAACAAUGUUAG